UCGAGCCGUUCCGCUCCUCCGUCCGCCCGGGCGGCUCAGGGGCCGCUCGAUGCCUGGGGGCGCCUCGGGGCCUCCGGCGCGCGGGCCCGAGGAGGAGGCCCAGAGGGAGGCGAAGGAGGAGGCCCAGGAGGAGCCCCGGGGGGCCCAGGAGGCGGAGGCCCAGGAGGAGGCCGCGGUGCAGCGGGCCCGGGAGGUGCUCCAGGAGGAGGCGAAGGAGGAGGCGCAGGAGGAGGCGGCGGAGUUCGAGAUCUCCCUCGACCGCUCCGGCGGCGAGCCCCUGGGCGUCGACGUCGAGAGCGGCGAGCGCGCCCCAGGGUGGGACGGGAAGACGCUCCUGGUCAAGGGCUCGCCGCUAACAAGGACAUCCGCGCCGCGGGCCUGGUACCCGCAUGGAACGCCGUGAACCCAGCGCUGGCCGUCCGCCCAGGGGACCGCUUCGCGGCCGUGAACGGCCGCUGCGGCGACGCCGCCCGCCUCAUCCAGGAGUGCUCCCGGCCGCAGCAGCUCGCCAUCCGCGUCUCGCGCGCCCCGGCCGCCGCCCCGCGGGCCGCGGCGGCCCCCGUGGCGGCCUCCCGCCUCGGCGCCACGGGCCGCCGCCGCGAGCGGCCUGCGCCCGCGGCCCCCCAGGCGCCGCGCCUGGCGGCGGAGGAUCGGGUGGUGAGCCAGCUGCGGAGGGAGUUCCGGGCGGCAGCGUCCGCCACAGAGGUCGUCCGGAUCCUGCGCCGCGCCGUGGGCAGGGGCUGGGGCUUCGCGUGGGCGGCCGAGGCCCUCGCCUGCGUCGCCCGGAAGUCCACGGAGCGCACGCGCGCGGCCUGGGCCCGGGACCCGGCGGUGGAGCGCGUGGCGGAGGGCCUCCGCUACGACCUCGCGGCGGAGGGGGCCUGGGCCGCCGACACGCCGCGAGCGCCGUGGUCGCGCUCGACGCCCUGCGGCGGCUGGCCCUGCAGGCGCCGGAGGAGCAGAGGCGCCCGCUGGAGCGCGCCGCGGCGGCCCUCGCGGCGGCGGGCUGGGCCUGCCCGUGCGAGGCCCUGGCGCUGCUGGCAUGGCUGGCGGCGCCCCUGCGCCUGCAGUGCCUGGGCCAGGCGCUGCGGGCCGCCUGGCGUCGCUGCGCCGAGCUGGGCGUCGGGGAGCUCGCGCUGCUCGUGGAGGCCAUGCGAGAGGGCUCGGCGCUGGUCCGCGCCCCCGACUCGCGGAGGCUCCCAGAGGGUGGCGCGCUGCUGAGCAGGGAGAGGCUGGUGCUGCCAGCGGAGUUCGACCUGAUCUUCGACGUCGUGCCAAACGACACCCGCGAGGGCUGGAGCCGGAUUCUGCAGCUCGUCGGCGACUCGCAGGAGACCCAGGAGGGGAGCGUGGGCGAGGUGCCGGCCUUUUACUUCGCCCCUGGCACGACGAAGCUCCUCGUCUCAGCGGACCCCCUGCGCGAGUGCGCCGAACCGGGCAAGAUCGAGGACGACAAGACCGUGGAACUGCCGAAAGGCCAGGUCUCCCGCACGAUGGCGCGAUUCUCCAAGGGCUCCUUCACUGUCUUCGUGAACGGCAGGCUCGCGCUGACCGGCCUCGCGAAGGCGCCCUUCGCGGGCCGCAGCGUCCUGCUCAGGUCCGGCGGCGGCGCAGGGCUCCCGGCCGCGGACGCGUCGCUCGCCAGCGUAGUCUGCAGGCCCACGCGGGGUGGCGCGGGCUUGGACGAGCUGCUGCUGCAGAAGGCGGUGCGCCGACUGCGUGCCUCGCCCUCGGCGGCCUACGCCCCGCUGCCGGCCGCGGCGCUGGUGCAGCUCGCCGAGGGCCUGACGGAGCUCGAGGCUGGCGACGAAGGACUGUUGCGCCUGCUGGGCCAGGAGAUCCUGCAGCGCAAGCCUGAGCUCACCCCCGGAGAGCUCUGGCGCGCCAAGGUCUCGUUCCAGCUGCGGGGGCUGCCCCUGGGCAAGGUGUGGACUGCCGUGGGCUCGAGCCGCAAGCGCAAGGGGGGGGAGAUGGUCACCACGCAGGCAUUUGCACCGGAGGAGGGCCACGAGAAGAAGCCAAAGUCGCAACAUGACGUGGAGAAGGUAGACGUACAGGAUUUGGUGCAGGUUAUUGGAGACCUAGUGCGCACUUCAUACUAGCUGGCGAGGCUUCUACACCCCACCAUCUUCAGAGGAAAAACGAAUGGCAGUCAGCAUGGUCUGAGGGAGACGAGGGCUGCCCAUCAUUCAUGAGGUCUUGCCUUGCCGCCCCUCUUACACAGCUGGUUGGCGGUAGGGCUGGGCUGCUGGGUC